GAGUGGUAAAUGAAUUAUUUUUGUCCUGCCGACAAGGUGUUAAAACGAACUGAAUGUGCUGUUAGCGCUGUCUAAAGAGCCAAUUUUUUCGUUAAGUAACAGUGCAAUUAUCUAAUUGGUAAUGAUAUCAAGUACGCGUCUGAAGGCCGUUUCUUGACGACACUUUCUAAUGCCCAGCGUUGGCGCCGAUUUUUCCCAACGCUUUUAAUUACUGGGCUCCGUUUCGGCGUAAAUGACCUCCGCCCCGUUCCGCCAAAAUCCAAGUGUUCGAUUAGGCCCUCUUUAUAAUCUCUCCGGCGCGCACCUGCUGCCAGAAGCAUGCAUUCCAAACCCAGCAAGACUGUUACUUCUCACACUAACAGCGGCGAGACAGCUGGCGCCAACAUAGGGCGCCCACACCCCUCCUAUUCACAUUUACUACACAACAUUUCAUGUCAACUUAGUAUAGUUUGGAGCUCCAGCAAGUGCACAUCGCCGAUGCUCCCGGUACUAUGAUGACGAACGGCGCCGGCCUCCAGCCCCCGGAGAUGCUCGACUUCUUCGCGGUGCACUCGCCCACCGAUUCCAGCGAGGACAGCGUCGAGGUGAAGAUCUCGCCCAUCUCGGGCCGCAACAAGCGCAAAUGUGCCGAACCCCGCAAAGUGCAGGAGACCUUCUCCGGGCCGCUGAAGAAGCGCAUGUGUCUGAAAGUGAAAGCGGAGAGUGAGGCGCCCUUCAGGCCCUGGAGCCCCAAGCCCGCCGGCUACUUCCGCCCGCCGUCGCCCGUCCGCGACGAGCCCGUAGCGCUGCUGAAGAAGGCGCCCGCGCCCCGGGUGCCGGUGCACCCGCCGCCGGGGGCCAGCGACGCGGACGCCGAGCGCAUCCUCCGCACCUCCGCGGAGACGUUCCCCGGCCUGGGGCAGCCGCGGCGCGAGCAGAGGAACUACAAGAACAUGACCAGGGAGCGGAGGAUUGAGGCCAACGCCAGGGAGAGGACGCGAGUGCAUACGAUCAGUGCGGCCUUUGACACCCUCCGGAGGGCCAUUCCGUCCUAUUCGCACAACCAGAAACUGUCCAAGUUGUCGGUGCUGCGCAUCGCAUGCUCGUAUAUUAUGACUUUGUCGAGUAUCGUGAACGGGGAUGAGGGUGCAGCCGCGGAGUGUGUGGAUCUCGUCACGAAAACCAUACAAAGGGAAGGCAAACUCCGGAAGAAGAAAGACGACAAUGACUGAAGUUCCUAGCUGUUGCCAUUAUUUGUACUUAUGUAAAUAGUUUUUAUUUAUUUCAACAUGACGAGUUACUUUA